AUGGUUGCCGUCGCCACUAUGCCCGCCCCCAUCGGGGAGCCCCAGAGGCUGGAGAAGAAGCCCGUCAAGUUCUCCAACUUGCUGUUGGGCGCCGGUCUGAACAUGUUCGAGGUCACCACUCUUGGCCAGCCGCUCGAGGUCGUCAAGACCACCAUGGCUGCCAACCGUGGCGACGGCUUUGGCACUGCCCUGGGCCGCAUCUGGGGCCGUGGAGGUGUCCUUGGUUUCUACCAGGGUCUCAUCCCCUGGGCCUGGAUUGAAGCCUCCACCAAGGGCGCUGUCCUUCUCUUCGUCGCCUCCGAAGCCGAGUACUACGCACGCAACGCUGGCGCCUCCGAGUUCGGUGGUGGCAUCAUCGGUGGUAUCACCGGUGGUGUUGCCCAGGCCUAUGCCACCAUGGGUUUCUGCACUUGCAUGAAGACGGUCGAGAUCACCAAGCACAAGGUUGCCUCCACUGGCGUCCCGCCUCCCAGCACCUUCCAGACCUUCAUGGGUAUUUACCGCAAGGAGGGUAUCAAGGGCAUCAACAAAGGUGUAAACGCCGUCGCCAUUCGUCAGAUGACCAACUGGGGUUCCCGUUUCGGUCUCUCUCGUCUGGCCGAGCAGGGUAUCCGCGACGUUAGAGGCAAGAAGGAGGGCGAGAAGCUCCUCGCCUGGGAGAAGAUUCUUGCUUCCGGUCUCGGUGGUGGUCUGUCCGCCUGGAACCAGCCCAUCGAGGUCAUUCGUGUCGAGAUGCAAAGCAAGAAGGAGGACCCCAACCGACCCAAGAAGAUGACGGUCGGAAACACUUUCCGUUACAUUUACUCCACCAACGGUGUCUCUGGUCUCUACCGUGGUGUUGCUCCUCGUAUUGGUCUCGGCGUUUGGCAGACGAUUUGCAUGGUUGCUUUGGGUGAUAUGGCCAAGACUUACGUCGAGAAGCUCACCGGCGACAAGGUCACGGCUAAGCAUUAA